ACGUCAAUAAUCGCAAAAAAGGCCAUUUUGGCCGAUAUUCGUAAUGAUUUAUUUUAUUAUAAAGUUAUUGAUUUUUUAGCACAAAGGUGUCGGGCAGUUGUAGAUGGAACAUGGUUCAUACUUAUUAAGUUUCUUAUCAUUUUUUACAGUGUUCAAUAUAAAUAUAUUGAUAUUAUCGGAAUAACUUAACUUUGUUUUCGUGGACGGAGUAAUAAAACGCGAUAAGUGCGUUCUUAUUGGAGUGACGUGUUGUACUGAAAAAUAAACUGAAUCAUGUUGUCAAUAAAACAAGAGAAAAUAAAAACUGAAGAUUUAAAACCGGACAUAACCAAAAUUAAGAUUGAGCCCGAUGAACGGAAAGAUCCAACAUCAUAUUUACCGGAAGAACCUAUGGUGUAUCAGUUGAAGAAGAAAAAGAAAAAAAAGAAGCACAGACAAGAGGAUCCUUUCAAAGACAUAGAGGAAAGGAAACCGGUUGAGGUUAUAAAGGACUUGGACAUCGAUAUUGAAUCUGUGCCGAGUUUGGAUCCGGAGAUCAGUAUUAAAGUUGAAAACAUUGAAGUUGAAUUGGAUUUUCAUGAUUUUGCGGAAGAUGGCGGACUAAUGGUCCAAGGACCUCACAGCGAAGACAGUCAGGAACCGGAAAUAAAAAUCGAACAACAGACACACGAAGCCGCCAUUCUUACAUUUGAGAACAUUAUCAAUGAAAAGACAGACAAAACUAUUUUAGGCUACAGUCAAGAGACUGGCGUAGAGGCCGCACCAAACUAUGUUUGCAAAAUAUGCCAUUUGAUAUUUCAAUCGCAGAAAACUUUACGUAUGCACCAGAAAAGGAAACAUAAAGUUUAUAGAAAGUCGUUUAAAAAUGUAUGUGAUUUCUGCGGAAUGUCGUAUGAGAUGAAAAACAGUUUAGCGGCUCAUAUUAAAAGAAAACAUGGACCAAAUUCGUCACCUGACGAUAGAGAGGAAAGAACUUGUGAGAUUUGUGCGUUAGUUUUCAAAGGAAUGACAAGAUUAAGAAUGCAUAUGAGAAGAAAACACAAUCUGUUCGAAGACUCUUUUCAAUAUGAGUGUCAAGAUUGCGGACUUACAUAUGAUAAGUACAGGAGUUUAGUUGUGCAUAGACAAAGGAAGCACACUGAAGUUACCAAACAUGAACCAACUCAAUGGUUCAACUGUCCAUUUUGCCCUAAAAUCUUUACUAAACGAGAAACUUAUGCCAGACAUGUUCAAAGAAAGCACAGAAUCGAUGAAGACGGGCCGGAAAAUGAUAAUAUAUCUCAAGAAUUUCUGGAAAGCUGUGUGAAUAAAGAAACCGGUGAAAUUUCUUGUAACGAAUGUCCACUAGUUUUCUCCUCUUUAAAUUUCCUAAAAUUGCACAUGAGACGAAAACACAAUGCGUUAAAAGAAGACUUUAGAUUGAAAUGUAUGAUCUGUAAUUUAUCCUAUGAUAAGAUUGAGAGUUUAAAGCGGCAUGUCAGAAGAAAACACGACGGUGGCGCCCAUUGUGAAGUGUGCAAUAAACAAUUUGAUACCAGAGAACAGUAUUUGAACCAUUCCCAUGUGAAAGUGAUUAAAGAAUGUCCAAUAUGUGGUUUAAUAUUUUCUUCGCAAGGCGGUUUAGGAAAGCAUUUACGGUGUACACACAAAAUUGAUACACCAAAGACUGUGUUCUGUGAUGUUUGUAAUGAAGGUUUCCACGAUAAGAGACAGUUAAAACCACAUUUAUUGAAAGUGCAUUUAAAUGUGUCAUACACUUGUAGGUUUUGUAUGAAAGUGUUCAAAGCUAAGGAGAGUUACAGACGCCAUAUUUUGUUUAAACAUCCAGCACCAACUCGUGACGAGCAACAGAAGUGUGAACAAUGUGCUGAAACUUUUGCGGACGAAUUCGAACUCAGCCGCCAUGUACACACAGUCCAUUCUAAAAAGUUAGAAUCUGAGAAUCCUUUAGUUGAAAUCAAGAAGGAAGAAGAUAUAAAACAAUUAUUUCAAUGCACAAAGUGUCCAGAAAACUAUCCAAUUUGGGAUCAGCUCAGGUUGCACUAUGAGCAGAACCAUCAGUUAGUGCAAGACACACAAUGCCAAAUAUGUGGCCAAAUCCUCCCUACAGUUGAAUUAACCAAACAUAUAAAGCAGUGCCAUACAGAAGAAACUGUCAUGGAGUGUAAAUACUGCGAAUUUAAAAGCACCAUCAAAGCAAGUAUGACACAACAUAUGCUAAGACAUAAAAACGCUACCACCAUCCAUUGUGAAUACACCGGUUGUAGAUUUAAAUCAUUUUAUGAUGAUGCAAUGGUUAAACAUAGGAAAAAACAUGUUGAUCAAGGUGUGAAACUACAGUGUAGUAGUUGUCCUUUUCAAACCAUGAAUAAGUACAUAUUAAAGUAUCAUGAAGAGGCUCACGCCACUGGCAAGAAAAGAUACACUUGCGACCAGUGUGACUAUGCUACUAUACUACCUGCUAACUUGGUACAACAUAAAUAUAAGCAUUCAACGGAAAAAAGAUUCAAAUGCGAAUACUGUCCGUUCGCCACUAAAUAUAAUACUUCGUUACGUUUUCAUGUUAAGAAAAAGCACUGUGAUCUCCCGUCUUUUGUUUGAAUUAUGUUGUUAAGUUAAUAAAAUAUUUGGUGUUA